AUGGGAAAUAAGACCGUUGGGAAGAAGCAUAACCGCCAGUCCACUUUAGCAAACCUUCAAAAUAUUGACUUAGAUCAUUUACCAAAGUAUGUAGACGAUCCUGUAGAAUUCUUCAAUUCAAGAAUGGAGUUCAGGGAAUCUUUAGAAACUUGGGGGUAUUUUUGGGCCCAUAAGUUGAUCGAAGAUGCUUUUAUUAGACCGAAUUUUGAUAUUUCACUUCUAAAUAAAAUAUCAACAGUUAAUAAUGAUCUUGAUCUCUCUUUUGGUGACUUCUCAGAAGCUGAAGAAACCAAAGAUUAUAGUGGUAAAGAGGUAUGUCUUACUGCUCAAGUUAGUCAACUCAAGAAAGAUUUGGAGAAGAAAGGUUCUUCUUUCAUUAAAAAUACACUUGGAACAGCCAUGAUGGUUACGAGAAAACUAACAUUGCAUGUGCACGUAAUUGGUAUAGCAGUAACUUUAUUGGAAGUAAUGCUUGAAUUUGAAAGUGAAGACAAAGUCGAUGAAGAGAUCGACACUAGAAUAGAUAAAGCUAAAGGAGAUCUUGAUAAAAACAUUCUCAAAUCUAACCUUACUGACCUCAAAGCUAAAUUUUUAGCAGUCAAAAACACAUUCGAAUUGGUUGUAAAUGGUUCUGACAAUUUUGAUAUUAGAAGAGCCAGACUUGAUUCUGUCCUCGGUGUUUGUGAAGAAAUUUCUUUAAUGAUUAGAGAUACUGAAUCUGAUAUUUAUAAGUCAGCACAUCAAUGUCUAGAUAUAGUCUUCUUAUUCUGAAUCAUGCAUCUAAGUAUGCUUGAUAUGUCAAUUUCAACAUUUAAGAUGAAGGAUUAUUGUGAAGAUUAUUCAAGAAAUAAGCAGUAUUAUGAUCUAUUAAUGCAAUCAUAUGUAGAGCAAGCACUAGCUAAUUACAUCCAUCCAGUAGUGCUAAACUAUCACAAUCAAUACUCUUCAUUUAAGGAGACUGAGGAGAUCUUCUAUGAGCUCUCAUCAAUGGUUGUUCACAGAGUUGAAAAUAAUAAAACUCAUAGCUGAUGGAAUGCAGAUAUCGAGGAGAUGAAGAAAGACAACAUGUUUUACCAUUUCAAAUUUGAUAAGCUGAAGGAAAUAGACCCACCCUUCUUUGCUGAAGGCACAGAGACUCCACUAUUAUUAAGAGCUCUCAGGUAUGGCAUGUGCUUGAAGUUAGAAGAAAUGAUGGCUCAGUAUAAUGAAGUCAAGGCUAUAUUUAGCCAAGAUGAUGUGAAUCAACAGCUUCAAGAAAUUAAUGAAGGACUAGAUUUCGAUUCUGAUUUAAAUGAUCAAAAAGAAAAUAUUUCUCCAAUGAAGGAAGAAUCAAAGGAAAUGGAAAAGAUACAAAGAAUGGAAAAGUUUGACUCAUGUAGAACUAAUCAGAAGGAAGAUGAUAAUUAUUCAAAGCAAUUUGAUAAGAAGUAUCAUCUUAUAGAUCAAAACAAUCCUCACUUUAAGAAGAUAAAGAAAACUCAUUUGAAUAAGAUUAACUGCGAAGAAAUCAAGAAGAAGGCUGCACGUGAACAAAAAAUGCUAGUAGAAUUCUAUUCCUCCAACGAAGAAGAACUUGCUAGCAGAGAUAAAGGAUUAGACCAAUUCUUUUUCCAAGCCCACCUCCACGAACUCCUAACGGAGAACCAAGAAAUCUUCGAAAACCUCAGCAAAUACAUCAUCUUCAGUGAAGAAAACAAACGCUUCUUCGAUGUUGCUUUAUAAUCCCUAUUCAUAUUUCAACAA